AUGGCUGAAAACAGGAAACAAAGCAUCGUGAGUACCGACUCCGCCGCAAGCCCUACAGCCCAGCAGUUCCCUACGCCAGGCCAGGGGGUAGCCGACCCCCGGGCCGACACAGCGACUGCGCCCAAGAGUCCAAUCGGGCCCACGUCCCCAACAAUACGCGAUGAGAGGCGUGCCAGCGACGAGUGGGAUGCCUCCAAAGUGCCCCCCUCACGCUUCCAGAAGCGCAAAGGCUCCAUCUACGCCGUGCCCGGCUCGCGCGACGGCCGUGUCGACCACGACACCUCGCUCAAAUUCCACGAGAAGCUGGUCAAGAUGGGGAUCGUCAAAAAGUGA